AACAAAAAGAUGCUUCAACGUCCUAAUAAUCUCUUUCUUCUCCUGGUGACCUUCUUCGUAUUCUGGUCAGGCUGGACUCUAAACGGCGUCGUUUCAGACCCAGAGACCAUUCUUCUGAACAGUGGAUGCAGCCCGUUCUAUGAAUACGUCCUGUCCAACUUCUCGACGUUCAACGAAAACCUCAACACAACGUUUAGAGAAAUCCGAGGGCAGAUCGUGACUCAGAACGAGUACUUCGCGACGGCGCAGCAAGGGGGCGGAAAUAACCCAGUUUCCACUCUUUUUCAGUGCAGAAAUUACCUCUCCAUCCCCGACUGUGCCGCCUGCUUCGACUUCGCUUCUGUUCAGAUCCGCAACUGCUCCGGCGGAGCACACGCUGCCCGUGUCGUCUACGACGGCUGUUUCCUCAGGCAUGAGACGAGUGCCUUCUUUGACCAGACGACAGCGACUUUUAAUGCCGUUUCAUGUGGUGGGAAUCAGACUAAAGGAGACCUCUACAUUUACUUCAUCUGUGCAACAAGUGGUAAUGAAUCUUCAAACGGCAGCACCAACCAUCACCGGCUUUCAUGCAGCUACCAAAACCCAAAUGCCGAAUAA